UAUGAUGGAUUACUAUUGGAAUUGUUGCCCCCCCCCCCCUCCCUGGGUGACAAUGGCGUGAUGUGAACAAAUUUCUCGGUAUUUGUAGUCGAAAGUAAUUACUAGAUUACCUUAAUGACACGAAACAUGUCGUGUUAAAGUGGAGGGGGGAAACAAUUGAAUUCAGUAUUCGCCAAUGAAAGCGGCUUGCUACUGGGCUUUCGUCGUAUUCGCCAUUAAAAGAAAAGAGAAAUUCAAAGAAAAAAUGUCCAUCAACAUCGGCAUCCGAAAUGACCUUUGCAAUUUGACGGAUACCUGUCACUCAGGUUGAAAAAAAAACACGAGUAUAAAAACGGAAUUCAAUUCCAUUAGAAUCACCACAACAAUCGCAGCUGUUUCAGCUUCAACACAUCCACUACAUCGUCUGCUAAUGUCAGUGAACAUGAAGGUGAUCUUCUUACUUAUUGCUACGAUCGCGAUCGUCCAUGCCAACGACGAUUCAACGCCGAUGGAACGCAGCAACUUGUCAAAGUUCUUCUUCCCUUCCAAGUCGGAGAAAGAUGAUUACGAAAACAGCUACAACGUCCCAAUGAAACCGAUGAAGAGGCCAAUGAAGCCCUACAUGAAACCCACGAAACGGCCUUACAAACGCCCUGGUUACGACAACUCCAACAACAAAGUGACCAAGCCUACCACAACUCCACCACCGCCACCACCAAUUAACAUCAUUAUGAAUUUGCCUGCCGUACCUGCUGUGGCUGCUACCACUCCAGUGCCGACCACGACGCAGUACGCGUACGGUUACACGUACACAACACCAUCAGCGUAUCCAGCUCCAUCUUAUGCUGCUCCAGCUCCAUCUUAUGCUGCUCCAGCUCCAUCAUAUCCAGCACCAGCACCAGCUCCUCCAUUCUAUCCAGCAUCUACUCCAGCCUAUUUAGCAUCUACUCCCUCCAAUCCAGCACCUGCUGUGUACGCUGGCAUGGCUCCAACAGCUAUGGCAGCAUAG